UUCGGUCCAACGUUUAACGAAUAGUCGACCAUAAAACUCGUUCGGGAUUUACUAUACGAUUUUAUGUCAGUUUUGUUGAGUUAGUUCAAGAAGUUUGAAUAUCUCGUAGUGAGGUUGAAUUUAUGCGAACUCGAGCAAAAUAUUUUAAAAAUAUCAAUAAAUACGUUCAUGAAGUGUUGAAAACAGUCAAAAUUGAGUGCUUUAGUGGAAAAACGUAAACAGUGAACAAGAAAACAUCGUUUGAUCGAUGAGAUACGUGCAUCGCCCCAGACGAGUGACGAAAGGAAUCUUGAAAAACUGGAUUUAUUGGUGAAAACUGAGAAAAGGUGAAUCGUGAAAAGUUGCGAAGCGAAGAAAAAUAUCUCGGAAAAGCUCCAUCGUAUCGAUCUUUAUCUAGUGAUUGUUGUUUUGCAGCAGCAGAUUGUGUGCUGAGUGGAACAGUGCGGACAGUCGGAAAAUUAUUCAUUCUGUGAUUACGGAAUUGUACGACCUAUUUAUUUAAGCCGCACUUCCGCGGAACAGUAAAACACACGACAGUUGGUUUUCAGAUAAUGUUCAAAAUCGACGUAUUCCAGCGCAGAAAUUGAACUGAAACAAAUACAUAUAGUGUGAAAAGUUAUGUCCAGCGGUACAACCAAAUUUCAUAUGCCCCAACCGAUAACGAAACAGGAUAUACAGAAGGAACAUCAGUCGGCAACGGUAGGAAGUACCACCGGAGGUGGCAGCGGCAGUAGCGUUAGCGCUAACGUACUGAAAGUGUUCCAGAACCAACACCAAUUUAUUGUUUCCAAGGGGACACCGAGUGCAGAAAAUAAUGGUGCCACUGGGCCAAUAAAGAGCACGGCAACUUCGGCGGACUAUGUUUCUAGUAGCGGAGGUCUUGAGAUGGCAGAUACUGGUAACGGAGAAGUAAAAGUAGUGAUAAAACCACAAAUGGGUGCCGGAAAUGAUCAGGACUCGAUCGAACAGCAGGAGGAAAGUAUUAUCGCUGCGCUAUAUCAGCAGCAGCAAAAAAAUUUGUCGAAAAAUGGGAGCAACCGGCUGUCCUCACAGCGGUCAUCUCCAGUUUCGUCUCCUUCACCUCCACCUCAGCAGCAGCAGCAGCAAGCGUCUGCCCUAGUUAAUCAAAAACUAAGCAACGGAUCGAAUACGGCAGUCAAAAUGAGCGCACCCGCAACUGCAUCGUCGUUGUCCACCGGUGGUACCGGUGGCAACAGUGCCACCAAUACAGCCAACUUUCACAAUUUCAUCGGACGGCUGAUCAGCAAGGAUAAUAUGUUACUCAUCAGCGAGGACAUCAUCGAGGUUGGCCGGAACUCGUCCAAGUCACAGGUGGACUUUCACGUGGGCAAAAAUAGUUUUGUCUCCCGGAAACAUUUUAUCAUCCAGCACGACAUGAACGAUGAUUUCAAUUUGUUCUGCCUUAGCAAGAAUGGAGUCUUUAUCGACAACGUGUUCCACCGAAAGUGCGCCGAGCCAUACAAAUUACCCAAAGUUUGCAGCAUUCGUUUUCCCAGUACAAAUAUCAAGAUCCAGUUCGAGAAUCUGAUCGAUCAAGCAAACAACGGCGGCAUUUCCAUUGAUCUGAAUCAGCACACACCGAUCAAGGUGGGAACCGGUUCGGGUGGUAGCGCAACGGCGGCUGCCGCAAUUGCCGCCGUCGGAGGCAAUCUCAACGUUGGAGUCUCGAGUGGCAACAAGUCACCGUCGUCGAAUGUAAUCUACUCUCCGCUGAAGAUUUCCAUUCCCGAGCAAAGCAGCGGUGGAAAUCCGAAUCUGGCUGUAGACAUUCGUGGUCACAAUCCUGGUGGCGGCGGCGGUGGAGGAGGCGGUGGACGUGACAGUGGCAUGUACAUCAGUGGAAGUGGAUAUCCAUCACCGACGGGAACGAUCAGUGCGGCUAAUAGUUGUCCUACUAGUCCAAGGCAAAAUGUGCAUGAGUUUCCACAAUAUAGUCACAAUAGUCAUAGUAGCAACAAUAACAAUUACUCCCAGGAAUUUCAAGCACCCGCAUCUCAGUCCAUGUCCGACAGUGACAAGCCACCGUAUAGCUAUGCGCAGUUGAUAGUGCAAGCUAUUUCAGCAUCGCCCGAGAAACAGCUUACCUUGUCUGGUAUCUACUCGUUCAUAUCGAAGAACUAUCCCUACUAUAGGACAGGUGCCAACAAGGGUUGGCAGAAUUCAAUUCGCCACAAUCUCAGUUUGAACCGAUACUUCAUCAAGGUGCCACGAUCGCAGGACGAACCGGGUAAGGGCAGCUUCUGGCGGAUAGAUCCACCCAGCGAAAUGAAAUUGAUUGAUCAAAGCUACCGCAAACGUCGCCAGCGAGGAUCGCAGUGUUUCCGAACACCGUUUGGUAUGCCUCGCUCGGCACCGGUUUCUCCCAGCUACAUGGAUAAUUCCCGGGAAGGUUCACCGAUCAACGAUGAACUGUUGCUAUCGGCACCUGGUUCCCCUGGGCAGAACAAUAGCGGCAACGUCAGCUAUAACUCCAGCAACCAUGAGGGAUCUCAGAAUUCAUCCUACCAGCAUCAGUACAGCACCUAUGCGAGUGGCGGCGAUCCGCACGGCAACGAUGUCUACGAGGACGAUGACCAGGUGGAGUACGACAGCGGCGAUGACUACGACAUCCCGGCAAUAAAACGCCAAAAAAUGUAACUUGCUUCGAACGCAGCAAGCAAACCCCGUUGCUCCGAAGCAGUCGCAUCGAUACAAUCAGUGCUCAUUAACUCGUCAGCAAAUGUGCGGGUGCGUACCUGGGAUAUUCCGCGGUAUGUGUCAAUGACGCUAAGAAAUCAGUGCAUACGGAAGCAUUGGUUCCAUCAUCUUAAACACAGCAGAAAACAUAUUUUUAACGCUCUUGAUGGUCUCUUCACGUUCAUUGUCGGUUUUGCGAUACCUUUUAAUACACAUCUUUUUCUAUGUCUGUGUUAACCAAUUUUCACGCGUUGGAUAUACAGUGGCACACUCACAAACAAACAAACAAAAAAAUGCACAUUCGCCGACACUUACACGAUCACAAUACAUUCACAUACCAACAAGUAACAUUUAUUUUUUUCCGUAAAUUACACAGCAACAGAUUAAAAUUAGUGGAAGCAAGUAAAUCCAAAAUAAUACAAUUUAUAUAAUUCUAGAUAAAAUGGAAAAUCUGAAAAAAAGAAAAUACAUUUAAAAAUUCUAGUUAUUAAUGAAUGUGAGCAAAAAAGCAUACAAAUUUAAAGGUUAACUAAUUUAACUCUGAGUAAAUGAGAUGAAGCAAGUAUUUAGUGUUUAGUGAAAUGUCUCUUUUAUUGAAUAAAAAAAAAACAAACAAAAUAUAUACACAUAGAAAAAAUCAUUGCUAUCUGUCCACAUGACGACACUGAAAAACAAACCAUUUAGAGAAAACCAGUUUAACCAUACAAAAAAGAAACCCAAUAAACAUUCGUAAAGCUGUGUGGAUUGUAUGGCAAAGCGCAAAGAGCAAGUAGAAUAGGGCAAAUGAAUUUAGACAAAAGAAUAGGAAGAAGAAGAAGAAGAACAGAGCUGUGGGGCGCUUCAUCUCGAUUGAAAAGUGGAAUAUUGGAAAGCAUCCGCUGAAUGCCAGGCAGGCAGACAGGCGGAAGUACCAAAAGUAAUAAGAAAAAAAAAUAGUGGAAAGAAAAAUUAGCUCUAAACGAUAAAAGAAAAACAAAAUCAAUCAAAUUGAUUAUUUUAGUUCUAAAUAAGGAUGAAAUAUAAAUGCUAAAAUCCUGCGAAAGGAUUCAGCCCUGAAUGUUUCUGCAAAAUAAACACCGGUGUUUUAGUUUUCUUAACAGUAGUAGUGAGGACAGAACGACGGCACCGAACAAAAAAAAAAAUAAACAAUAUUGACUAUAGUCGAAGAUCUUUGCUUUCACCCUUGAAUUGCUACGAAGUUUUAGGUGUAUGAUAAACAAAAAACUCAGUGGAAAGACAAAAGAAUUAAAAAUAUUGCAGAAAUCAGAGCUGUAUAACUUAAUUGUAUUUGUUUAAAUGUAAAUUUAUUACUAAUAUAAAAUGAGGAAGAUA